UUGACAUCGGUCCAGUUGUGUGAGGUUCUUAAUGAAAGUGUAGGAAAUUAACGCAUUCCCAAAUUUUACAAUGCCGUACGCGUGGAGUGCAUUUUUUUCCUAAAUUUCUACUGAUUGUACACAAUGGCAUCUGCAUCUCAAGAGAGCGCAGGCGGCAGUGAGGUUUUGCGCGGCAGAAAGCAGUCUUCCUCCGUGUGGAACUAUUUUACUUAUGAUUCAACUGCAAGACGAGCUGUCUGCAACGCCGCGGAAUGCAAGUUUGCCCAGAGUGGCCGUAUAACGAGUAACCUGCGGACUCAUCUUUCACGAAAACACCUGGAUCAGUACAACGCUUUGCUGGAAGCUGAGAAAAAAGCGGACAGCGCGGCUGGGAAAAAGACUUCCACUGCAAAACGUGUGUCCAAGUGGAGCAACGACGCAGAAAGCCAGGCCAGCGCCACCAACGCACUAGCGGCCUUCAUUGCAUGCACUCCAACGUCUGUGAAUGCAGUACAGCAUCGAAUGUUCAGUACAUUUUGCGCUAGGCUGCGAUCAGACUAUGUUGUUCCUGGACGUACCAAAAUAACUGACACAAUGGACGAACUCUAUGCCGUGAUGAAGGCAAAAGUGGGAAGCGCCCUACAGAAUGGCGGGCUGAUUACAAUUUGCGCGGACAUAUGGACAAAGAAGGGAAUGACCGAGUCUUUUUUGGGCGUAACUGCUCACUUCCUGUCACCGGAGUGGGAGCACAAAGCGGUAACCCUGGCAGUACGCUCCCUGCGCCGGCCUCACACUGCCUCGCGGAUAAAGGCAAUGGUUUACCAAAUAAUUGAGGAAUGGAAAAUUCCCCGGGACAGAUUUUUCAUUAUUGUUACGGAUAAUGGAGCUAACAUGACUGCGGGAUUUAAAGAAGUGUCCUUGGAUCUCAUCGACGAGGAGGACUCUGAAGCCGUAGCAGAGGCAAACCAAGAGUGCGAAGCGCUCGCCACUACAGCAGUCCUUAAUGCGUCCAUGGACGAGGAGGCUUUAAGUGAAUCAGUCGAACAAGGACUCGCUACCAGCGAACCAUCUACACCUGCUGAUCCUGAUGCAGUUAUCCGGGAAGAGAUGCAGGAUUAUGACGCCCAGGAGGCAGAUCAUGACGCAACCUUUGACGAGAUCCAACGGAUUCCCUGUUUUAACCAUCUUCUCCAGUGCGUCGUCCGGUCUUUUGAUACCGUGAAGGAGUGCCGCGACAUUAUUAAGAAAGCGAAGAAACUUGUUUCCAAGUUUAACCAUUCGAAUACUGCAACAGCCGCCCUGGUAGAUCGAUCGGGAAAGAAGCUGCUAGGCGAUGUGGAAACGCGAUGGAAUUCUACUUACAUCAUGUUGAAAAGGCUGUGUGAGUUGAAAGACGACGUCGAUCAUGUUUGUGAACAGAACGGUUGGGAUUCAUUUCUCCCUCAAGAGUGGUCGACCAUUGACGCGUUGCGCAAGUUUUUGGAACCUUUUGACACUUAUACUUCCAUUUCUAGCGGACAGGACUACACAACGAAUGAUAUGUACGUGGCUAUUUUGUUGGAACUGGACAAGCACUGCCGCGCGUCCUUUCAGUCUCGGAAAACAAUGGUGUCCGUCGCAGCACACGUCGUAGUUGCUGCUCUGGACCAACGGUUUGCCAGAUUUUUGGAUCCCAAUAACACCAAACACAAUCCGUUUUAUUUGGCUGGCUGUUUUUUAAACCCAUUUUUGUGGAGACUAUUGACGAACGAGCAAGUAGACUCUGCAGUGAAAUUUGUCAAGGCGACCUACGGUAAAUACUUUCCGUCCGAAAUUUCGCCUGGUCCGUCCACAGACGAGCAGCAGCCUAGCCCUAAGCGAGCGCGGUUCGCAAAUCUGUCAGACAAACUGGGUGAUUUGAGAACGCAUAUGGUCGCGGAACGGUCAAGAUCAACGUUGGAAAACGAAAUUGGGCGGUACAAAGCCGCCAGUUACCCGGAAUUUACUGAACAGAGCGAUGCUGUACGUUUUUGGAAGUCAUCACAUGGCAAGGGCUUUGAGAAGCUGUCGAAAAUUGCUGCUGCCGUUUUAGGUGGAGUUGCUACCAGCACAUCAACUGAACAGCUGUUCUCGGUUUCCGGUUUCCAGACUGUUGGGCGGAGAAAUAGACUUGGCGGGCACCGAUUGGAAGUGGAAACGCUACUGAACAAGAACUUGUCUUUCUACGAAAAUUCUGUGUGAAAUUUCGGUUUUAGAUUAACACCAUCAAGGCGUCAACUAGUUUCACCCGGCAGCCUAAGUAGCUCACGGUUCUAGUAUGAAGAUGCCUGUACUUGUUCUUAAGUUUUUUGCACAUUUAUUUAGCGUUGAGUUUUAUUGAUAAAUAUCGGCAGAAUUCGCA